UGGCCUCAGGGGGGCAGUACUGCCGCACUCUGUAAUAACAUGCUGUUUCGAGGAAUGUGACCAGAAUGUAAACAGUGUUCAGGUGCUAGCUAACUGUUGCUAACAUCAUCGGUAGCUAACUUGGGUACCGUCGCCGCUGUACACAGUUAUGGAUUCACGAUAGAUUAAUUGAGCGAAUAUGGCGGUAUUAUACUAAUUCCUUAUUUGCUGUCCUCCUUCUUGCCGUUUGAUUGCAUACAUGAUUCAUAUGCUGUCACCAUGACCAAAGACAUUGUUGUUGGAGAUGAAUUACCAGACUGGGUGGGGGCGAAGGAGUUUUACCAGAAAUAUGAUCCCAAAGAGGUGAUUGGCAGGGGGGUGAGCAGUGUGGUGCGCAGGUGUGUGCACAGACACAUGGGUCAGGAGCUGGCAGUGAAGAUUAUUGAGAUCACAGCGGAGAAGAUGACAGCCCAGCAGCUGGAGGAGGUGAAAACCUCCACGCUGAAGGAGAUCCAAGUCCUCAACAUGGUGAAGGGACACUCCUCAAUCAUUACUCUCAUUGAUUCCUAUGAGUCCACAACCUUCAUAUUUUUGGUGUUUGAUCUCAUGAGGCGAGGAGAGUUGUUUGACUACCUCACAGAAAAAGUUACUCUGAGUGAGAAGGAAACCAGGAGUAUGAUGCGAGCUCUGCUGGAAGCGGUGCGGUACCUCCACUCCCUCAACAUCGUCCACCGGGAUCUGAAACCUGAGAACAUUCUCCUGGAUGAUCAGGGACACCUCAAACUGUCUGACUUUGGUUUCUCAGUGCAGCUACAGCCUGGAGAGAAACUUAGAGAGCUUUGUGGGACGCCUGGUUAUUUGGCCCCUGAAAUACUAAAAUGUUCUAUGGAUGAAAUGCACCCAGGCUAUGGCCAGGAGGUCGAUCUCUGGGCAUGUGGAGUGAUCCUUUUCACGUUACUGGCCGGCUCACCGCCGUUCUGGCAUCGCAAACAGAUGCUGAUGCUGAGAAUGAUCAUGGAGGGCCGCUAUCAGUUUAGCUCCCCAGAGUGGGACGACAGGUCUGACACUGUGAAAGAUCUGAUAUCCAGACUGCUGGUGGUGGACCCUGCUGUCCGUCUCACUGCUGAGCAAGCCUUAGCACAUCCCUUCUUCAGACUGUACCAGAGGGAGGAUGUGCGGCUCUUCAGUCCCAGAAAGACAUUUAGGGUCUUGAUAGUCACCGUGCUGGCUUGUAUCAGGAUGUACGGCCGUUACCGCAAAGCUCGCCCGUUGACUCGGGAGGUGCUGGCCAGAGAUCCUUACUCCCUGCGCGGUGUCCGCAAACUCAUCGAUGGCUGCGCCUUCCGUAUCUACGGCCACUGGGUAAAGAAAGGGGAGCAACAGAACCGAGCCGCCCUCUUUCAGAACACAGCUAAGAUCGUGCUGCUUGGCCUGGAGGACUUUGAAACAUAAAAGGUCAACCUCAUUCCUUGCCACCUUGAUUUUUAUUUAACCAUUUGCAUGUGCUGUAAUGUCCGUUUUUGUCUCGUCGAGUUACUGUGUUUAAUUUUAAAAUGAGGAAUUCAGGGACCGGGACGUUUGUAUGCCCUAACUUGCACCAUGGCUCUGCAAGUUCAAGAUAAGCAUGCACAGCUUCAUAAUCCUUAUCUGCCUUUUGAUCCGCAUUUGUGGCUGUCUGAAACUCAUCAUCAGCUCAUCAUCUUGCAUUGCCAACUUGCAGUAGAGGAGACAAUGCACAAUCGUUUAAUUAAAACGCAUCACAUGUAAUGUAGGUACAUGAUGUACAUUUCCAAUUCUACCUGUUGAUCAUCAGUUACAAUUUAGAGGAUGCGUUUCUACACACUGUGUGACUGAAGUGGAAAUUAAAGCACUCUGAUUAAUUAUUUAAUAGAUAAUUAUAUAAACAUAUUGUAUUGAAAAACAUAUUUACAGAUAUUCCAGUGUUAUAAAUAUCUACCGGAGGACAUAAGUGAAACAUUCAAGUACAGUAUUUGAGGUGUUUUUGGUAGAAAACACAUUUACCUAUCAUGCAUGCAGACAUUCCCCAAUAGGGGACCCACUUAUACUAACUGUGAAGACCGUUUGUGACUGUAUAUCCUACUAAAACUUACCAACACCAUUCCUUACUCAGUUCAUUCUUCAGUUUAAUAAGUGGCACUUUUCCUGAAAAUCCUGCCUGAGAAAUGUACAGUAAUUGUACAAAUGCAGAAAUACAUUGUACUG